CUCCGGCCGGGCUCUGACUGAGGGGGCGAGAGAGCAGCGGCGCCGCUCGGCCCGGUGGUCAGUCCAUUCAACUCACCUUUCUGGUGCAUCAAAAGACCUUUUCCCUCCACACCUCCAAAACCUGGUAACUUUUGUCAUUCAGAAGAUGAUGAUUUGAAAUUAAAUUGGACAGCAACGGUUCCUGGAAUCUCCCGCUCUUCUUACAACAUAAAGUGAUAACUUUUCCUUCCCAGCAUCAACGCAAGCCCAGCAGGAUCAAUUUUACUUGUAGGCAGUAAUUCCAAACGAGCAUUGAUGACGAGGAGAGGAAGGCCGGCGCUCGCCUUUCGCCUCUGGACCUGUGCAGCCGCAUCAGAGGCCUUCGUUUCCUUUCUCUUUGAUUGAACCCAGAACUACCACGUAUGUUUUGAAUAGAAAGUAAGCAUGGUAGGAUCCUGAGCAUACUCUGUGGCAACCGAGAGCGAAGGAGUGAAGGAUGGCAUCCCGGGAGAGGCUGUACGAACUCUGGAUGCUGUACUGCAGCAAGAAAGAUCCAGACUACUUGAAACUCUGGUUGGACAGCUUUGUGUCUAGUUAUGAAAAGUUUCUGGAUGUGGACUUUGAGAAGCUGCCCACUAGGGUGGACGACGUGCCCCCUGACAUCUCGCUGCUUCCCGAUAACAUUCUUCAGGUCUUGAGGCUUCAGCUGCUGCAUUGUGUACAGAAACUGUCCGAAGGACUGGAAGAACCACAGCAGGCCUUAUCGCUGCUCCUCGUCAAAUUCUUCAUUAUCCUUUGCCGAAACAUGGCUAACGUGGAAGAGAUUGGGACAUGUUCCUACAUUAACCAUGUCAUUACGAUGACUACCCUCUACAUUCAGCAGUUGAAAAGCAAAACGAAAGAGAAAGAACUGGCUGAUCAAACACCCAUUGAAGAGUUUGUGAGACACGCUCUGGCAUUUUGCGAAAGCCUCUAUGAUCCGUAUCGAAACUGGAGGCAGAGAAUUGCUGGGCGAAUUCUGAGCACUGUUGAAAAAAGUAGACAAAAGUAUAAGCCAGCUUCGCUCACUGUGGAGUUUGUUCCUUUCUUUUACCAGUGUUUUCAAGAAAGUGAGCAUCUGAAAGAAAGCUUGAAAUGUUGCCUGCUACAUCUCUUUGGAGCGAUUAUUGCUGGGGGGCAGAGAAAUGCUCUUCAAGCAAUAUCUCCUGCCACCAUGGAAGUCCUGAUGCGUGUGUUAGCGGAUUGUGACAUAUGGGAUACCAAAGAUCCAGAUGAAGUGAGCCGGAAGGCGGAGCUGACGCUGAAAUGCCUGACGGAAGUGGUGCAUAUCCUUCUGACCAGCAGCUCCGAUCAGCGGCAAGUGGAAACUAGCACCAUAUUGGAGAACUACUUCAAGCUGCUCAAUUCUGACCAUGCCGCUUUGCCUAAUUCAAGGCGGUCCAGGCAAUGGGAAAGCAGGUUCAUAGCACUACAGAUUCAAAUGUUGAAUGCCAUCACCGCCAUGUUAGACUGCACGGACAGACCUGUUCUGCAAGCCAUUUUCCUUAACAGUAACUGCUUUGAACAUCUCAUCCGGCUGCUGCAAAAUUGCAAGCUCUGUUUAAAUGCUAACAAUAAGGUGGUACACAAGAAUGAGAAAGACCUUGCCAACCAGUUACUGACAGGAAUGAAUCGGGAACAGGUCUUUCAGGGGCAGCUUGACCACUUGGCAGUGUCUGCCAUCCAGGCCCUGACUGCAGUGAUGCUCAAGUCUCCGGCUGCUAAGGAAGUGUUUAAGGAGCGGAUCGGAUAUGCUCAUAUAUUUGAAGUCCUCAAAACUAUGGGUCAGCCUUCACGGGAAUUGCUUGAAGAACUUAUGAAUAUGGCUGUUGAAGGGGAUCACACAACUGUCGGCAUCUUGGGCAUAAGCAACGUCCAGCCUUUGUUGCUGCUGAUUCGGUGGCUUCCCGAGCUCGAGUCGCCCGAACUUCAGGUCUUCGUCUCAAACUGGCUGAAGCGAAUCUGCUGCAUCAACAGGCAAAGUCGGGCUACCUGCGUCAAUACAAAUAUGGUCGUCUGCAUCAUUGAGACGCUCAGCGGACACUCUUUGCUCCAUGAGGUGUGCGCCGAGAACCUGAUAGCCCUCUUGGGGUCUUUGGGGAGCCAGUCAAUGAGCUCUGAAGAACUACACCAGCUCAUCAGGCUGCUGAGGACUAACGACCCGAAGCAGGCGCACCCUUACGUUGUCCCUGUAAUGCGUGCAAUUCUCACCAUGGCGAGGAAGCAAGGACUGGACAAUGCCUUGCAGUAUUUUGACCUGACCCACAGCAUGGCAGGCAUCGCGGUGCCACCCAUCCAGAGGUGGCCAGGCUCUGCAUUUGCCUUUAGUGCCUGGCUAUGCCUGGACCAAGACCAAGUGAGCCCGGGUGCCAACAGCAGCAAGGGCGGCAAGAGGAAACAACUCUACAGCUUUUUUACAGCUAGUGGGAUGGGCUUUGAAGCUUUCCUUACCUGCUCUGGAACGCUGGUGGUUGCAGUGUGUACAAAGAAGGAAUAUGCCACCGUGAUGCUAUCAGAUCACUGCUUCUGUGAUUCUCUCUGGCACAAUAUCAGCAUUGUUCAUGUGCCUGGGAAAAGGCCCUUUGGGCAAAGCCUUGUCUAUAUUUAUGUGAACGGACAGCGGAAGAUCUCCGUGCCACUCAGAUUUCCUGCCAUGAACGAACCCUUUACUUCUUGCGGCAUUGGUUCUGCUGGCCAAAGGACCACGACUCCUCCGCCGUCCCAGAUCCCAGACCCACCUUUUGCUUCCCCUGUAAUGCCUCAUCGGACGUCCUUAGGUGGGAUUCUCUCUCCAGGCAGCUGGGGCGGGCUGCUCGGGAAACCAGAACUGGUCACCAAGCUGAUCUCGGCAGGAACUCAAGACAGCGAGUGGGGGUGCCCCACCUCUCUAGAAGGCCAGCUUGGAUCUGUUAUUAUAUUUCAUGAAGCCCUGCAGCCUUCUCAUGUGAAAGCGUUAUAUUUGGCAGGUCCAAACUGCUUAACCCCAUGGAAAUCCCAGGAGGCUGAGAUGGUAGAUCUGCCUAGCAAAGUCCUUUUUCAUUAUACUCCAAAGGCUUGCAAAAGCCCAAUAUGUCUUGACCUUUCCCCAAAUCUUUUCCAUGGAAGGCUGACUGGAAACAAAGUUGUGAAUUGGGACAUCAAGGAUAUGAUCAAUUGUGUAGGGGGAUUAAACGUGCUCUUCCCGCUGCUCGAGCAGAUCAGCUUCCUUGGUGACCAGGUGCCCGAGAGGACAGACCGGCAAUUUCUGCCCCCUGAAUUGGUGACACCAGUUGAAGGAGACUGGGUGGUAUUAACUUCCACCAAGGCUUCAGAGGCUCGCUUGGAGAAGAACAUAGUCGCAACCUUCAUUUUGGUGAUAAAGCACUUUAUUCAAAGGCAUCUGAUCAACCAGGAGAAUCUUGUUCACAUGCACGGAGUCGCCACCUUAGGAGCCCUAUUGCAGAAUGUGCCAAGCAGCUUCAUGGAUGUGAAUGUACUGAUGGCAGUCCAGUUACUUAUAGAACAGGCCUCCGUGGCCAAAAAUGUGCAACUUUUGCAGCAGAUGUAUCAAUACUUACUUUUCGACUUCAGUAUCUGGAACCGGGGAGAUUUCCCGUUUAGAAUUGGGCACAUCCAGUACCUGUCUACGAUUGUCAGAGACAACAGAAGGCUCUUCCGGAAGAAGUACGGAGCGCAGUUUUUACUGGAUACUUUGAGGUUCUAUUAUGGAACUGGCUGUAAAGACAAUGACUUGCCUCUGGAUGAUCUCCGAACGAUACGAACAUCUCUAUAUGGACUAAUCAAAUAUUUCUUAAGCAAAGGAGGUGUGCAUGAGGAAGUGCAGAGCAUCAUGGGAUACAUAGCAGCCAUCAGUGACGAGGAGCAGCUCUGCGGGAUCUUAGAGAUGCUGUUCAGCCUGCUUUAUACCAGCCCAACCCGAGACCAACUUUUCUUGUUGCUUUUUGAGCCAGGAAAUGCCGAUAUUCUUUAUGCUUUGUUGCUGAAUCACAGGUACUCCGACAGACUGAGGGAGCUUGUAUUCAAGAUUGUGGAGCAGAUGCUGAAAUGCACCAAAGUCUACGAGCGGAGCAAACAGCGCAUGAAGCUCCGAGAAGUGGGGUAUUCUGGGCUGGGUCUGCUCUUGAAUGAGGUGCCAGUUACUACAUCUCUUAUUAAGAGCCUUCUCAACCAAGUUCUGCAUGCAGAUCCAGUGGUGAAUUACAAGGACUUCAUUGCUGUAGUUCACUUGGCCCACAAAGCAGAUAUAAACGUGAGAGUGGCCAUCUGUCAAAAGCUUUUGCAAAUCCUCCACACCCAGCAGGAUUCAGCCCAACAGAUUUCUCAACAGCUGGGGUGGCAGGAGACACUGACAAGACUCUUCUUGAAAGAAAACGCCGAGCUCAGGAGUGGUCUUCGGGAGAACAGAAGGGACUCCACGAAAGAAGGUGAAAGGAGAGCUUCUUUCAAAGAAUUUCAGCAGGGCUGUUCUUUGAGGGCCGAUGGAGAAAGUGCUGCCAGUUUCGCCUCUGUCAAUGGUCUGUGUGAUCAGUGGAGCUUAGAAGACGGCAAACCUGUCCUGGUGUUUGAAGACCUCUCCACAGCAGAAAUGCCGUUCAGGCCGGAGGACUCAGAGGAGUUGUGGCAAAAGAAUCCUUCGCACUUGAGCUUAGACCUGUCAAGUGUUGACUCUUACGAACUGGGGGAUUCUGGGGACCCGAUGGCCGACAGCCUGCCCAGCACACCUUCCCCCAGCGAAAGCACAAAGCCCUUUUCUGGGCAGCUUUCACAUGCAGCCGUGGAGGUGGCACCCGCGACUGAUCUUUCAUUAUUCGAAAUCAAUGAGGCAUGUGAAGAAGACCUCAUGCAGCUGCUCACAGAUGUCCUGCUCUGUUUGAUGUGGAAAGGCGCAGAGAAGUCUGACGAUGAGGCCUGGAUUGAGAGGGGACAGGUUUUUUCUGCUCUCACCAAGCUGGGGAUAUCCAAUGAACUGUUGCGCCCGUCAGAUGAAAUAAAACUCAAUUUGCUUGAGAAGAUGCUGGAAUGGGCCGUCACGGACAGCCGGGAUACCAAGUCCCUCCCCAUGUAUGCCGAAAAUGCUUUCCGGCUCCUCCUUAUUGUGCAGGAUUUCCUCCAAGCUGAAGGACUGGUGAAUUCAAGCCUGUGGACAGAAAAGCUCUUGGAAGAACUGGUGACCUUGAUGGACACUUUGUCGGUCUGGUAUUCCUCUGGCCCAGAGUGUGUGAAGCUCUGCCAAGUGCAGGUCCAGAUGCUCUUGGGCUUCAUCGGGCAGGAUAACUUGCAGGUUUGUGCGAUGGCUGCUGCCAAACUGAACACUCUUCUUCAGACCAAAGUGCUCGACAACCAAGCGGAGUCCUGCUACCUCCUGGGCCGGCUGGAAGGCAUUCUGAGCCGAUCCAUCCAAGAAAAGACAGAAACGUACUCCUUCUUGAUUCCACUUGUCCGAACGCUCAUUUCCAAAAUAUAUGAACUCCUCUUCAUGAACUUGCACUUGCCGUCCUUACCAUCUACAAACGGAAGCCCCUCAUUUUUUGAGGAUUUCCAGGACUACUGCAGCACUGAGGAAUGGAAGGUUUAUAUUGAUAAAUACAUUAUUCCGAAUAUGAAGCAGUAUGAAGUCAGUACUUUCAGCGAUGGCCAUGAACACAUGGCAGUGUAUUGGAAGGACUGUUACGAGGCACUGAUGGUGAAUAUCCAUAAACGGGAGCGAGAGCGGGGAGAAAGCAAGCUCAAAUUUCAGGAGUUUUUUGUGGAGCCACUUAACCGAAGGUCCCGGCAGGAAAACAUGCGUUACAACAGCAUGGUAAAACAACAGAACAAUCAGCACACGGCAACUCUGAGACAGUGGAGAGCUGCCAAACUCUACCUUGCUUGUGAGCAGGGCCCCUGGGCUGAAAGGAAACUAAACCCUGUUCGCUGGAAACUUUCAAAUGUGGAAAACUACUCACGAAUGAGGCUUAAAUUAGUACAGAAUCACAACUUCAGCUCUCACCAGGAUGCCAGCGCCCUGAGGGAUAAUCUGGGAGUGCAGCAGACAGAACCCUCGAGUGAGGCUCUUCUUCUGGAGGCAGUGAAGCAAGUGAAAGUCAGUGGUAUGGAAGAGGAUGUACUGGAACUGCCUGAUGAAGAUGCAGCGUCCGGCGCAAACAUGGAUGAGAAAGGAGAACCAAGUCAGAAAGAAAAGCUCGUGCUCUCAGAAGACUGUGAACUCAUUACUGUAAUUACUGUGAUACCUGGAAGACUGGAGGUCACCAAUCAGCACAUUUAUUUCUAUGACGGCAGCACCGAGAAAGAAGAGGGUACCGGCUUUGAUUUCAAAUGGCCCCUUUCUCAAAUUCGAGAGGUUCACUUACGUCGCUAUAACUUGAGAAGGUCGGCCUUGGAGAUAUUCUUUAUUGACCAGACUAACUACUUCCUUAACUUUAAAAAAGAGGCAAGAAACAAAGUGUAUAGCCGAAUUCUGUCUCUCUGCUCCCCGAAUAUUAGUGGAACCAGAUCUCCACAAGAAUUGUUUAAAGCCUCAGGACUUACACAGAAAUGGGUGAACAGAGAGAUAUCAAACUUCGACUACCUCAUUCAGCUGAACACAAUGGCAGGACGAACCUAUAACGACCUGGCACAAUAUCCUGUGUUUCCCUGGAUCCUACAAGAUUAUACUUCUGAAGAAUUGGAUCUGAAUAAUCCUGCUGUGUUCCGGGAUCUGUCCAAACCCAUUGGUGUGGUAAAUGAAAAGAACAGCAAGGCUGUGCAUGAAAGAUAUGAGAAUUUUGAAGAUCCCCUGGGAAUCAUUGACAAGUUCCAUUAUGGUACUCACUACUCGAACGCUGCCGGGGUGAUGCAUUACCUCAUUCGGGUAGAGCCUUUUACCUCCUUGCACAUCCAGCUUCAGAGCGGCAGAUUUGACUGUGCUGAUCGGCAGUUCCAUUCCAUCCCUGCUACCUGGCAGGCUCUCAUGGACAACCCAAAUGAUGUCAAGGAGCUGAUCCCAGAGUUCUUCUACUUCCCAGAGUUCCUGGAGAAUCAAAACAAUUUUAACUUGGGUCAGCUCCAGAUUUCAAAAGAAGUGGUCGGUGACGUCAUCCUCCCCAAAUGGGCCCAGUCACCGGAGGACUUCAUUUAUAAGCACAGGAAGGCUUUGGAGUCAGAAUACGUGUCUGCUCACCUCCAUGAGUGGAUCGAUCUGAUCUUUGGCUACAAACAGAGAGGAUCCGCUGCAGUGGAGGCACUCAAUGUUUUCUACUACUGUACUUAUGAAGGAGCUGUGGAUUUGGAUGCUUUGACGGAUGAGAAAGAAAGGAAAGCUUUGGAAGGCAUGAUUAACAAUUUUGGACAGACGCCUUGCCAGCUACUGAAGGAGCCUCAUCCCGUGAGACUGUCGGCAGAGGAAGUGGUGCAGAAGCAGAGCAGAAGCGACAGCUCCACUCUUAACCUCUUUCAGCAUCUCCCUGAACUGAAGUCCUUCUUCAUUGAGGGAAUCAGUGAUGGCGUUCCCAUCGUUAAGGCCAUGGUCCCCAGGAACCAGUCGCGUUCUUUCAUGUCGCAAGGGAGCCCAGAGUACUUGGUAACGUUGAGUUUGAAUGGCCUCAUCGGAACCCACGGGUGGCUGCCUUAUGACAGAACUAUCUCCAACUACUUCACUUUCGUUAGAGAUCAAACUGUGACGAAUCCCAAAACGCAGCGAGUUGUAAGUGGGCCAUUUGCACCCGGACUGGAGAUCACACCCAGGUUGUUCGUAGUGUCCCAUGAUGCCAAGCUUCUUUUUAGUGGAGGCCAUUGGGACAACAGCAUCAGAGUGGUGUCGCUUGCCAAGGGAAAAUUGAUCGCACAGCAUAUCAGGCACAUGGAUAUUGUGACGUGCUUAGCUAUGGAUUUCUGUGGGAUCCACUUAAUUUCCGGUUCAAGGGAUACCACUUGCGUAAUCUGGCAAAUAGUUCAGCAGGGAGGAGUACCUGCAGGUUUGGUUCCUAAACCUUUGCAGAUUCUGUAUGGACAUACCAAUGAAGUCGCUUGUGUUGGGAUUAGUACGGAGCUGGACAUGGCAGUCUCGGGGGCCAAGGAUGGCACCGUGAUUGUUCACUCUGUACGGAAGGGGCAGUUCGUGAGGACCUUAAGGCCCCCCUGUGAGAGCUCUCUCUUGCUCACUGUUCCGAACCUGGCUGUAUCCUGGGAAGGACACGUAGUUGUCCACACCAGUAUAGAAGGGAAGACAACCCUCAAGGAUAAGAAUGCACUACAUCUCUAUUCUGUGAAUGGAAAAUAUUUGGGCUCCGAGAGCCUGAAAGAGGACGUGUCGGACCUCUGUGUGACUGGAGAACAUAUUGUCAUGGGGAGCCUGCAGGGAUGUAUGUCCAUAAGGGAUCUCUAUAGCCUCAGCCUCAGCGUUUCUCCCUUAGCCAUGCGACUGCCAAUUCGCUGCAUCUCUGUGACCAAAGAGCACAGCCACAUUCUGGUGGGCCUUGAAGAUGGCAAGUUGAUUAUCGUUGGUGUUGGGAAACCAGCUGAGAUGCGCGCAGGCCAGCUGUCCCGAAAGUUGUGGGGGUCAAGCAAACGAGUCAGCCAGAUUUCCUCAGGAGAAACUGAAUAUAACACUCAAGAUUCUGUGUGAUUUUCCUGCCUUCCUUUUUGGAUUCCACAGAUUUAUUUAAUCUUCUGAUCACUUCUUCAAAUAGAUUUCUCAAAUUUCUUUAAAAUUAUGUUGGCACAACAGCACAAUUUCCACAUACACAUUAUUCCACAGCAUCAGCGGUUCUCUUUCAAUAUUUUAUGUCAGAAACAAUAAGCAAAUUUGAUACUUAAACAUGUAUACCUACGUUUAUGGUGUGUGUGUGUGUGUGUGUGUGUGUGUGUGUGUGUGUGUGUGUGUGUGUGUGUGUGUGUUUGUAUACAUUUAUAUUUUGUGUGUGUGAACCAUCUGUGUGUGUACAAAUCUGGGUUUUUUAAUUUAUAUAUGGUUACAGUGAAUUUCAAAAAUGUGUUAAAUAUUCACAUUUGCAUGGGAAUGCUGACAGCUCUAGUUGGCAAACGUCCAGAAAUAUCCUCUCCACUCUUGGGGGCGGGGGGGGGCGGGGGGGGGUGCCGCCAGCAUUCCUCUCUGCUCCUGAGUUUUAGAAAGCAAGCCACAUUGGUCAGGGAUUGUCUCCUCAGUACUUGGGUUUGCUGCAUUCUUGAUGUUUACUGUAACCUAUAUUAUAAAGGCCAUGAUCCAGUGAGCCCCUUGCCCAGGGCACAAGUAAUUGUGUUUCUGCAGAUGGGCUUGUUGGGCCCCCUGCCCCGCCCCCCAUCAGAUACCUCCAGCAGGCAUUUCCUUUGCAAAUAGUGUGAGGCUGGCAAGGAGGGUGGGGCACAAGGCUGCCCCUGUGCCGGAAAAGAAGAAAAAUUCAUUUCUGAAUUUGGCACGGGCAGUUUUCUGGAUCUCAACCACAUCCUAUGCUGAAGAGAUAUAAAAUAGGAAAUACCCGUUUUUCAUCUCAGAGUUCCAGUAAGCUUUUAAUUCCAGAAUAUUUUGGUUAACAGUUAUUUAGACUUUGUAAUCUUGUGAAGAAAAACGUAAGCACUUAAGAAAUAUAGUUCUCUUACUGUUUAGAUUCACCAGCUGAUUGCUACUGUUGUUCACCCCUUCUUGCUUGGCUGUGCUCCGAGUUGUUCUGAUGUUGUUUCAGUUGUACUCUUUGGAGGUCACAUCUUGGUUUAUUAAGUGUUGAAGAAGGAAUGGCAACAUCAUAGGCACAGGUGAGGAGGGGAAAGUAAUAUGAUACUCUUAGUAUCAUGGGACUGGUAGGAUUUGGCACAUUAGUGGGUAAAAAAACCCUUUAGAACUCUUAAAUUCAGCAUAAUCUCAGAGGGGAACUGGUCUAGUUGUUCACAGUAACUGAUUUUCAGCUGCUGCAAAAGAAAUAAAAUUGAAGCAAAUUCAAUAGUUAGAUAAUUCAGCAAGAAAAUACACACUCCUUACAUAUGCGACCCAGCAAGCCAAACCACGCAAGAAGCAAUUGUCUUUCUGAGAGCCUAAUUGAAUAUCAUUUUCUUCCCUGGGAAACAUCCCUGGGAAUGCACCUCGAGAGAUGCGUUGUGGAGUUCUGUGCUCCCGAGUCUUGCAUGAGUCCAGUUCAGAUUGGGAAUGCAAGGCGGGGGGGGGGGGGUGAGACAAACAGCAGAUCCUUUGGCCUGUUUCAGGCUGGGGAAAUGGCAUGCGGGGGUCUAAGCUCCCCCUCUACAUGCAUCCUGCUCCAGAUCUGAAUUGGACCCCCAUGUGCUUGGGAAGGGCAGAAUUACAGAACGUGUCUCUUGACCUGACCUGGGGAAAAUGUAACGUGUAGUUCUGCACAUGCAAGCCGGCCAGUGGGUAGGUUUUAUCUAACAUCCACAGUGGACCUUUUGCCAAACCAACUGGGUGUAAGUAUUGUAUGCAUUUAUAGUUAAUUCUCUGUGUAUCGCCAGAAAAAAAGCCCUGUGCGUCUUGCAGUGUUCUUUGUGUUUGGAAAGUGUUGUUUGGAUGAGGGAUGAAGGAUUUAUUUUUAAAAGCCACUUCAGACUGGUUCUAGGCCAUUGUGUUUGGGAAAUGACACAGUAUAAUACCUCUGUAGUUCUAGUGUUUUAAUGCGAAAGGUCUCAUGGAAACCCUGACUUCCAGAGCAAAGGAUACUUUUCUGUUAGGAUGUGUAAUUUUGUUGGAAGUUCUUUUGGUUUUGUUUAAAACAAGGUAUCUAUAUAAUUAAAGAGAUAAUGAAAUAAUACUCUCUCCCCACCCUGCUUUUCAAAAUGGAUGUCAUAAGCUCUCCCUGAUUUCUUUACAGGCCAGAAAUUUCCUCUGUUCCCAGGGCCCUACAAGAAUUUGGGGUUAUUUUUAAAGUUUGGGGCACAGCGGUGAUUCUUUCCUUCUUUCCUAAACCUCAUGGAGCCAUUAUAUGUAGGAAAAAAAUACUUAACUGUUUUUUUCAUGUACACAAAAUAACUUUAAUUUUGCACUUGUCUAAAAAAAUAUGUUUACUUUUUUAUUUCUUUAUAAAGCUAUAAAGUGAUGUUGAUUAUGGUUAGAAAAAUCCUGCUAGACAAGAACAUUGCUAUCCUGUGAACUUGUGGGGAUAAAAUGGAGGGAUAAAAUGGAAAGACUCUGUUACAACAGUAAGUUGUUAGAAACCCAUUUGGGGGUUAUUCUUUAUACAACUGCUGGUCAUGGUGAUCAACUGGGAUUUAAAGGAUUAAUAUAGUUCACAGGCAAGAUUUAAAAUUUCAUUAUGGAUUUUGGAGGAGGUCAUUUUUUUUUUAGUAACUGUACCAAAGAUAAUUUGGAUGUGUUAAGAUGUUAGGGAAUGUGUUCGUUUGCGCCGUGUUUAAAACUGAAGGUGGAUAUUGGAUAUCAUGUUUUGUUUUUUAAUACGAUGUCAUUGAUCAGGUGGUUUUGUGUGGUUUUCCAUAGACUAUGUUUUGUGGGCAUUCUGGUAAUGGGCUUUAUCUAACUGUAUAUAUCUGAGAUGAAGUGUGUAUAUUUUGGACUUGUUUAAUUUCAAGGUAGCAAAUUCAAUAUUUAAACUGGCAUGUGCUCCAGAUGAGGAAGCCGGAGCCAUCAGGGGUCUGUUCCUUGCUCAUUUGUCCCUCAAAUGCGCUCCACAGGGGCCUCUCACUUUCCCCCUGUGGUUUUUAGUGAGUUUAUGAAAUGUGGCUGAUUUACAACCAGAGAAAAAGAGCAGCAGCUAGUGGCUCCGUGACAAGGUUUCAUGUUCCUUUUCAACUGAUAUUGCAGCUGUAUCGUAUGUAUAUUGCAUAUUCAUUGGUUCUAAAGCUGACGGGCGGGGCGGGUGGAAGAAGCCAUCAGAAUUCUUGUAUAUUUAUUUAAUUUAAGAAGUAAGCUGUGACUUGAAACUUCUCUAACUGGCAAAUUGCCAAAAAGCUGACAGCUUUUGUUGUUGUUACAAUUGCAAUGCCUUUUUAAUUUACUAAAUCUAUAUGCCACUUUCUUUGCAAGCUGAAAGUGGCCUGAAAUGAUAUAGACCAUAGAGAAUGAUAAUAAACUAGUACAUAUAUAUAUAUAUAUACAUUGCGAGAUAUGUAAAAAUGUUGUUUCACAUAUUAGCAUUCGAAGUGGCUAGCAGAACAAACAGCCCCAACAGAUGGCUUUUUAGAAAGCAAAUGGCUUUCUAAACGGACUUCCAAAAAAGCUUUUGGUUACUGCCUGAAAACCUGGAGACGGGGGCUGAGGUGGGUCUCUCUGGAUAACAGAAGGGACCUGUGAACCUUUCAGAGGCAUAGAGGCUUGUUAAAUCCUCCACUUGCCCAGGACAAAACACCCAAGACUCGUUUAUCUCAAAACAGCAUCAUUUGUUGUGACUUGACACAGGUGAGCUCCUCUCAGGAGCUGCAGUUCUUCUUCCCCUCGUUUGAUUACUGUGAGGCAGGCUUCUAAGAUGCUUCUGCCUGAGCCUGGCCAUGGCAGCCUGUGGGAAAAGCAGCUUGCGUGUUGCUAGUUGCUGUCUUCUUUCUUUUCUAGCAGGUACCUGCCUGGCAGUGUGGGUGGCGGGUUCUUGCCCCCGGGCCACUACUGAAAAGGCCAUGUUAAUUCCCACUUUUAUUUCCACCUCCACCUUUCACCAGUCUUUCAUAUGUGAUUUUAGUCAAAACAAGGAGAUGUUCCUUCAAGUAGUUUAGACACCAGGAGUACAGGAUUUCACAGUUCAAAACCAAACUUCUGGAAAUUAGUUGUGCCAGAUUUCAGAUAAACACUGCAUGAGACAGACUCUGGAGAAGUGUAGACAUGCCUUUGUUGAAAUCAAUGAGAAUGAAACACCUUACCCAAGUCCCAUUGGCUAUGAUUAAUUCCUUCUGUGUUAGGUGUAUUUAUCCCCAUUCAAUGAGCUCCUUUUUUACUUGGUUGGAAUGUAAAUGGUACCUGCUUAACAUAGUGGAUGAAAUCUGCUGUACAGAAAACAGAAUCUCUCUGGACCACCAGGACACUGGCUUUAGCCCAGUGCAUAGUUAAGCAUGCUUGGUUCCGACUGAAACCAGGGCUUCUGAACUAUUGCUCUGCUACUUUUGUAACCUGUCAAUUAGUGAUCUUUAGGGACAUGAACCCAUUUCAGACAGCACACUAGAAAUGGGCACAAACCAGGAAAAUUCUGAACCAUGCGGUUUGUGGUUUGUCGCAUUUCACAAACCACGAACUUUCACAAACCGGUUCACAAACUGGUUUGUUUGGUUGGUGAAAAUGUCACUUCUGGGUCAGCAGGUCUGCAGAGAGCCCCUCCCCCGUUGCCUAGGAAACUGAUUGAUCGGCACCAGGCUGUCUGCAGUGAUGAACCGAAAUACAAACCAAACGAACUGGGCUAAAAUUCGUCAUGGUUCGUGAGAAACAAGCCAAACCACAGCUUUAGACCAUGGUUUCCAAUUCUGGUUGUGGCUGUGCCAUAUUCAUGUUGUAAAACGUGGACAGCAAAAGAUCUCUUUUUUAUUUAGCUAAAUACUGUAUUAAGAAUUUAGGGCUUGGUCUGCCAAGCAAAGGCCUGCUUUAGACAGCGUUCUACCACCAUUAUGCACAGACUGAAGGAUUAUCCUGAACAGGCUUGCUUUACCCAACAGUGGGCAACACUCGCUUUGUCCAUAAGCACUAAUUAAUCUUCAAGGUAUAGAUGGCAUAACCUAAUAGGAUUAAGUACACUUCAGCCCAUUGAAAUCAAUGGGGGGGGGGGCGCGUUGAUGAUUCACACUUAACUGUGUUGCUUUGUCUUGUUAGUGCAAUGGUCUUCAACCUGUCCACGCCUCCUGGGUUUGUGAGGUCCUAUAGAGCUGCCAUUUUUACUACUUUGAGAAGAGUUCAUGUGCAACCAUUGGAAGCAAAGGAGCUGCUGCACACAUGACAAGACAGGGUCAUUCAGCAGUGGCUUCCUUUGUGGAACAGACGAAUUGGAAUGAUUGGCUCCACCUCUUCCUGUCACAUGACUGUUGUCAUGUGCUUGUAGCUCACUGGAUUCCUUGCUUCUGGCUGGGGUCAAAAGUGGGUCUUGGGUCUGGAAAGGUAGAAGACCACUACUUUGGAGUAUUUAGUGGAAUAAUAAGAAGUGAAAGUUGACUUGAUUUUUCAAAUCUGUAGCACCUUUUCUGAAAAUUCAGUUUUAGGAAGCUAAUAGAAAUGGAGACUGCCAUUGGUAAUGUACAUGGUGGCAGACAGCAACAUUUGAGCAUUUCUCUAUUUAAAUUAUGUAUAUUUCAACAAUUUCAAAUCAGUCUUAACAUUUACUUGCUUAAUAGUACUUUUCCCAUUUGGGUGCUGGAAUUACCAUUUUGUUGAUGCCUAAGACUAACUACACAGGUUCUUCUUUCCCCUUGUGAUAAUUUACCAAUCAGUGUAUAAAUCUGCUUCAUAGGUUAUCCUGCUGGUGCGGGUCAUCACUGGGAAACCAAGCUCUAUGGGGGCCUUUCCACACAUGGGAUACGUUUGUGGAUAAUGCCACUUUAACAAAAAAAAACCUUAUUUUUGAGGGGGCGGGGUACCAAGCCUAGUUUUCAAAGCAGGAGGAAGUGUUUCAGACCACAAACAUUUGUGGUACUAUACAAGGGUGUUUUAGGAUUAAGGCAAUUGUUGAUAGGAUGUGGCUGCAGCCGUAGUAAUUUCAUUUUCCAGACUGUCCUCUUGCUCACCCAGUAAUGGCUGUGUUCUUUGUAUGUUACAAUGCUGCAAGUAAAAAAAGAGGACGGAGGAUGUUGAACGAGAGCGCAGCAGUCAAAAAAUAAGGACUUUGUAGAACAGCAUCACCUUUAUUAGCAACUUGCUGUGGAAAUUGUGCUGCUAUUUAAACCUGAUUUUAUUUUUCUAAACAAAGAUUCACUUACCAUGUGCCUCUGCGUUUGCUUAAAACACUAUACUUAAUGUUGAAAUGGGACAUUUGCUGUAAGGACAAAUGAUAAUCUCAUACAGGUAAUUCUAAUUGUGCAAUUGUGAUUAUAAAUUAAUUUUAAUGCCAAAAAUGCCUUCAAAUUUGAGAUGGAAUGAAGUGUUUUGAUAUACUAGCCUUCAUGCAAUGUUAAAAUAUUUGUUAGUCUUCUGUGCAAUACCUUUCCUGUAUUUUGGGGAUGCUUUUAAAGUUAAGUAAUAUAACUGUUUAUAUUAUUUUAAUAAGUUUUGACUGGUAAGAUUUAUAAUUCUAAGUGUGUAUGUAUGUAUAUUGGCUAACAUUGAAUUUGUUUCUGUACAGCAUGUUGAGAAAUGUUUAAAAUUUUGCACUUUGUAGGAUUUACAAAUUUGUAAUUUAACCCUUUUUAAAAUGCUUGCUUACUUUGUACAUAAAAUGAUUAUCUAAUUAGGUUUGUAUAUAACAGAAGAGUCUGAAGCUGAUUAAAUAAAAAUGGAACGUGA